AUGAGUCAGCUUCAGAGUGUCAUCGCCAAUCAGACUGGCCUAUUACUUGCCCUUGGUAUCGGCUUGGCUGUUCUCGCCAUUUUAUCGCCAAAGCAACAUUAUAAGGGCAAGAAGGUGUUUAACGAUCGAAAAGGAAUGGAAUGGCUCUACACGAAUGCAAAAAUACGGUUUGUGAACCAUGGGAGGAAUAUGUUCAAGGCAGCAUUUGAACAGUCUCAGAAUGCAUUUUAUAUAGUGACAAGCCGCGGAGUCGAGAUGAUCCUCAGCCAUAAAUAUAUACCUGAAAUCCGCAAUGAUGACAGAUUCAAUUUCCCCCUUCGGAUUGAACAGCUGCUCCACGGACGUAUAAACGGAUUCGAGAUGUUCAAGCAGAGCCCGUUGGAGAAUAAGCUCUUUAUAGACGCAUUCCAAAGUAGGAUGACACGUGAGAUUGGACAGUUUCUUCUCCCGAUUUCGCAAGAGAUUGAACAUUUCCUCCAGACGCGGUGGACCGACAACUCCGAGUGGCAUGCAUUUAGCCUAUACCCUAGCAUAGUGGACCUGAUAGCACAGGGGUCUUCAAGAUUGUUCGUGGGACCGAACCUCUGUCGCGACCCGGACUGGCUGCGGGUGACAGUGAGCUACAAUGCAAAUUUCUUCACCGGCGUUGACUGGCUUGACUGGUGGCCCACUGUCCUGAGGCCUCUUGCUGCCAAGUUCUCACUAGCCUGCCAGCGAGUCCGUGGCGACCUGGCAGAGGCGCGACGGAUUCUGGCUGCCUUCGUAGCAGAAAGACGGGCGCAAAGAGCGCGCGGAGAAAAAAGAGAAGAUCUCUUGCAGUGGUUUGAGGACGGAGCCAAUGGCGCUCCUUACGACCCUGCUCUACUCCUCCUCAGAGCCUCGCUUGCGGCUCUUCACACGACAUCUGACCUCCUCACACAGACACUCUUUAACCUUUGUAGCCGCCCGGAUCUAGUCACAGAUCUCCGCAAGGAGGCUGCCGCGGUCCUCGGAAAGCAUGGUUUGCAAAAGAACGCAGUGUACGAAUUGAAACUGAUGGACAGUGUCAUCAAAGAAUCGCAACGGCUUAAGCCGCUUUUGCUGACGAGCUUCUCUCGAAUCACGGUGGCGGAUGUAACUCUCUCUGACGGCCUCGAAAUACCCAAAGGAACACCAAUCCAAGUCUCUAACCGCAAUAUGUGGGACCCGGCAGUGUCCGAAUACACCGAUGCCGACAAAUUCGAUGGCUACCGGUUCUACAACCUGCGUCGGCUCCCCGGGUACGAGAACACGGGGCAGCUUGUGACAACCAGUCCCAGCCACACAGGGUUUGGGCUGGAGGGACAGGUACCGAAGCCGGUGUAUCGUGCUGAUACACAGAUUGUGGAUCCUGUUUGUGAGAUUUUGGUCAGGAGGAGGAAGAUGGAGAUUGAUUUGGCGAAGCUUGCUGAGUCCAUCGAGUAA